GUUGUCUGUCCCUGAGCCCUGAGUUGUGCGCUUGCGUAGUAAGGCAGCCAGUGCAGUUUGUUGUCUCCUGUCAGAAGCGGAAGGUGGAUUCAAGCACCACGUUUAAAAAUGACAACUUCUUGGAGUGAUCGCCUCCAAAAUGCUGCUGACCUCCCAGCCAAUAUGGAUGGACAUGCCUUAAAGAAGUAUCGACGUGAAGCUUACCACAGGGUCUUUGUGAACAGAAGUCUUGCCAUGGAAAAGAUCAAGUGCUUUGGAUUUGAUAUGGAUUAUACACUCGCUGUGUACAAGUCUCCAGAGUACGAAUCCCUUGGCUUUGAUCUUACUGUUGAAAGACUUGUAUCCAUUGGUUACCCUCAAGAGCUUCUAAAUUUUGUCUAUGAUCCCACAUUUCCUACAAGGGGCCUGGUCUUUGAUUCGACCUAUGGGAAUCUAUUAAAGGUUGAUGCCUACGGUAAUAUCCUUGUUUGUGCACAUGGCUUUAACUUCAUGAGAGGGCCAGAAAUAAGGGAGCAAUACCCAAAUAAAUUCAUCCAGAGAGAUGACACAGACAGAUUCUACAUCCUCAACACACUCUUUAAUUUGCCAGAAACUUACCUUCUGGCUUGCCUGGUAGAUUUCUUUACAAAUUGUGACAGGUACACAAGCUGUGAAAUGGGGUUUAAAGAUGGAGACCUCUUUAUGUCCUUUCGGAGUAUGUUCCAGGAUGUCAGAGAUGCUGUUGACUGGGUCCAUUAUAAGGGAUCCCUCAAGGAAAAGACAGUAGAGAAUUUGCCAAAGUAUGUUGUUAAAGAUCCCAAGUUGCCGUUACUGCUGAGCCGCAUGAAUGAGGUUGGGAAAGUGUUCCUGGUCACUAACAGUGACUAUAAAUAUACCCACAAAAUUAUGACUUAUUUGUUUGACUUGCCUCAUGGACCAAAGAAAGAAAAUUUACAGAUGCUGGCUGGGAGAAGAGGCAUUGCAAAGCCUGGCAGCUCUCACAGACUUUGGCAGACCUAUUUUGACCUCAUAUUAGUUGAUGCUCGCAAGCCCUUGUUUUUUGGAGAAGGAACAGUGUUGCGACAAGUGGAUACGAAUACUGGCAAACUGAAAAUUGGAACCUACACUGGUCCUUUACAACAUGGAAUUGUAUAUUCAGGAGGUUCCUCAGAUAUAGUGUGCGACCUGCUGGGUGCUAAAGGAAAAGAUAUCCUGUAUAUCGGCGAUCACAUCUUUGGAGAUAUUCUUAAAUCUAAGAAGCGGCAAGGAUGGAGAACAUUCCUGGUCAUUCCCGAGCUGGCACAAGAACUUCACGUCUGGACUGACAAAAGCUCCCUUUUUGAAGAGCUCCAGAGCCUGGACAUAUUCUUAGCUGAGCUAUACAAGCACUUGGACAGUAGCAGCAAUGAACGGCCUGAUAUCAGCUCCAUCCAGAGGCGCAUUAAGAAAGUCACACAUGACAUGGACAUGUGUUACGGGAUGAUGGGCAGCCUGUUCCGCAGUGGGUCCCGACAGACUCUCUUUGCAAGUCAGGUGAUGCGUUAUGCUGAUCUCUAUGCCGCAUCUUUCAUCAAUCUCCUGUAUUACCCAUUCAGCUACCUCUUCAGAGCAGCACAUGUACUGAUGCCCCAUGAAUCCACCGUGGAACAUACUCACGUGGACAUUCACGAAACAGAGUCGCCAAUGGCCACUCGGAAUAGGUGCUCUCUGGAUUUCAAGGAUUCUGACUUCAAGCGGCACCAGCUGACCCGCUCCAUCAGUGAGAUUAAACCACCCAACCUCUUCCCGCAGAAACCCCAGGAAAUAACACACUGCCACGAUGAAGACGAUGAUGAAGAGGAGGAGGAAGAAGAAGAAGAAGAGGAGGAAGAAGAAGAAUAAAGGGUUGAGCAAUAGCGUAUCCCCACAGGAUAUUGCUUGCUGCAGUGCAGAUACAGCAGGAGUGUAACUGACUGGGUAACCUCUCGCCUGUUUCUCCCAAGUUCACAAACUCGUCUCCUGCAGUUCUGUUUUCUAUUCCCGUCCAACUGCUGAGACAUUUGCACGUUGUUCCUAUUCCCUGUGCAUUUCUGUGCAAGUGCACUCGUGUCUCGGUUGCUCUCUAUUCUGAGAGUCACAGCACAGUAUUCCCUUUCCAUUCUUCUCUUUCUCUUCUGGAACCGACUCGGAUUUCUAUCAACCCAAAGGGGUGGUUCCGAUUACAGCUUAGCAACAGCCAUCAUCUUACAUUCUUAGGGCCAAACUUAGAAAGGGAGCCCCCUGGCAAAGCAGGGAUGCCUCUGAGCGAUGCCCAACCUGUGACCCAAGCUGCCAUUGGACUACCAUUCCCAGCAGCCAGUGGGGCGAAGCAGGGUGGACACCGCUCAUACAUGUACUGAGCAUGUACUCUUAGCAACAUUUCUUCCCAUUCUCUUUUCUGCCAAUCCUGUACUUGCUGUUUUUCAGGAGAAUCGACUAUUGCAGGGUUGUCAUGGCCUGUUAAAUUCUGAGAGUUCAGCUUCGCUUGGGGAUGUGCAUGAAAAUUGCACAGAUAGGGAUGUGUUUAAAGGCAAACAAUCAUAUAUUAAAAAAAAAAAAAAAAAAAAAGAUUGUAAGGAAUGUUAAAUACGACCGUAUAGCUUUCUUUUGCUCAGCCAACAGUCAUUGCCCGAGUGCAAGCUGCUGAGCCAAGCACAAUUACUCUGCAAUCAUAAAGCAGCUGUCCAUUGCUGUCAGCAGCUCAGCCCGACUCUCCUCCAUGAAUGGAUGAAUGAUGACAGUCAGUUGGUUAAACCUGGAAAGUUACUGACCACCUCCACCUUAUUCUCAGAGCUUACCCAUUGCCCCCGGGUACAGCCAGCAGUUACCAAGUGUCUGUGCCAUGCAGAACUGGACAGGUACACGCCCCAACGGGGGGACUGAAAUGUUCUACAAACAGACACUGAUUUAGGUUUUAUUGAACUAAUUCAGUAGCAGUCCCUGCGCAUGGAAUAAUUCCCCUUUAAGAGUUUUUUUUUUUAAGCCUUUUUAAGUCCAAAUAAAAAACGAACCCAUGUGAUGGCAUCAGGAAUAUAUGAGAGUGUAUUCCAUUACCUGUAUGAUUUGCUAGGUGUUCUUUUUCCUUUUAUUCUUUUCUAUUUUUUAAUGAAUUCCUUGUGCUUGGUGGGACCCGGAGAAGCUGUGAGCUGAUUUGACUUUCUCUUUAGAUUUUGUUUUAACUGGAAUGGUUUUCAUUUAUAGUACAAAGUUGUGUUUAUUCCAAGGUGCCGCCCCUGGUAGGCAUUUAUAGUACUGAGUAUGUGUUUCAGCCUGAUAAUGGCUCCAUUAGUUGUGUUGGCGCAUAUCUGUUGUGCCCUGCUCACGCGAACAGAUGCCAUCAUUACAGGAUGGGCCUCCCCAUGAAUAGCCACCAAACGCAUUUUACAAUUGGCUUUUUGGCUGUGAUAUCGGUACAUAUCCAUGUGAGCGAGUAGCAGCCGCGCUGCUCUGUACUUAUUGGUAGAGCCAGUGGCCGUCUCUCUCAUUGCCUUUUAUUUCAUAUCUCUGCAUGUCUGACUCAUGAAGCCAAGUUAUGCUCUUAGUUAUGGACGAUGGUGCAGUCACACUUACACCGUGCCUAUUAUGGGAUUGUUUUCAUCCCAUAAAAUCUUAUAUGUCCUCAAGUACACAGAUUUCUGCACAAAUCCUUUAGCUGCCCAGGUAUGGGGCUAUUUGUGUUAUUAGCAGGAGCAGCAGUGCACUUGGUAUCAGUCCGGUAGAGUAUUUCAAUGAAAAGGCACAUCUCCUCUCAGUUCCCUGCUCCAUGUUCUGACUGGAUCCAUAGCUACUUUCUCCAUCUGCACCAUUAAUGUGAAGGAGGGAUCAUUGGUGACCAAUCAGCAUAAAGGUGUCACAGCCGCAUUCACUCUAUUACUGAUGUGUUACUGUUGGCCAACUUGCUCACCUGGGCCGCCCCUCGCACAUACGGAUAUAUGUUCUCUCUCUGCAUUCACAUACGUGUAUGUGCUGUAUUUCCGGUUUAUUCAGUGAAAUAUUUUUUCAGACUAAAAAUGAAAAUAUUCCACUUGUAAGAAUCCACAGUGCAGCCAAUGCAGAGACCAAACAUUUUUGUCUAGUGAAGCUUGUUUAUUUUUAGGGGAUAAUUUUAUUUAAACCCUCUAACUGCCAUAUUUUGAGUAGCAGAGCAUGUUGGAAAGCACAGUUAGGUGAUAUAAAGUAGCACAGUGAGUAGCAUUGGGGCAGUUACAAGCCAUGUGACUGGGGUAACCCCAUGUUUCUGACAAACAUUAUUCCCAGCCUAGGAUUGAGCAUGGGGGGAUUCAUUUUAAUGGCAACUAAGACUCGCCAGCCAACAAUAGUGUUUGUUUUGCAUUUUCAGAUUCCAGUUUGGGAUUGUUCUCUUUACUGGUUUGUACACCCUAUUAUACUGUAUAACCAAUAAAUUGUAAAGACUUGCAUUUUA